UUUUCGCACAAGCACACAAAACGUAGCACGACCAGAUGCUUCUUUGUGACCCUUGCCUACCAGCUCAUGGGCAAUUUUCCCAGCAUCCAGAAGGAUGUGAACAGAGCUAUCUGCGAGGAUCCUGUGGUUCUAGAGUCCAGUAAGUCUCUUCACGAUCAAAUGAAGGCCUUAUUUCGCCAGCCUCUCUGGCACCUGUAA